UGUUGGGUUAAAGUGCACCAGCUAGUAUAGCAGCUAACCUCUCCCCGAUCUGUCAAAAUGGAUGUAAAUCAGACGAAACAAGAACACCUACUGGCAUUAAAAGUGAUGCGGUUAACAAAACCAACACUCUUUACAAACCUGCCAGUGACAUGUGAGGAUCGAGAUCUACCAGGAGAUUCAUUCAGUCAACUUAUGAGGCAGGAUCCUUCCACCAUCAAGGGAGCAGAGACGAUAAUGCUCGGAGAGAUGCUUACGUUACCACAGAACUUUGGAAAUAUUUUCCUCGGGGAGACCUUCUCUAGUUACAUAAGUGUGCACAAUGACAGCAACCAAGUUGUAAAGGACAUUCUAGUCAAGGCCGACUUACAGACCAGCUCACAGAGACUCAACCUCUCUGCGUCAAACUCUGCAGUAGCAGAACUCAAGCCUGAAUGCUGCAUCGAUGAUGUCAUCCACCACGAAGUCAAAGAAAUCGGAACACACAUCUUAGUGUGUGCAGUCAGUUACACCACACAUUUCGGGGAGAAGCUCUAUUUUCGGAAGUUCUUCAAAUUCCAGGUUUUGAAGCCGCUGGAUGUGAAGACAAAGUUCUACAAUGCAGAGAGUGACCUCAGUUCUGUGACAGAUGAAGUGUUCCUGGAGGCUCAGAUCCAGAACAUCACUACCUCGCCCAUGUUCAUGGAGAAGGUCUCUCUGGAGCCCUCCAUGAUGUACAACGUCACAGAGCUCAACACAGUCGCGCAUGGAGAGCAAGGGGAGUCUACGUUUGGGAAAAUGUCCUACCUGCAGCCCAUGGACACGCGACAGUACCUGUACUGUUUGAAGCCAAAGCCGGAGUACGCGGAGAAGGCGGGGGUCAUCAAGGGUGUGACGGUGAUAGGGAAGCUGGACAUCGUAUGGAAGACAAAUCUUGGGGAGAGAGGGAGGUUACAGACCAGUCAGCUGCAAAGAAUGGCUCCAGGUUAUGGAGACAUCAGGUUGUCAUUGGAGAUGAUUCCUGACACUGUCAACCUUGAAGAGCCUUUUGACAUCGUCUGUAAAAUCACCAACUGCAGUGAAAGAACCAUGGACCUGGUGCUGGAGAUGUGUAACACCGGGUCCAUCCACUGGUGUGGUGUUUCAGGGAGACAGCUGGGAAAACUCAGCCCUGCUGCAUUUCUCUCUCUGCCCCUCACUCUCCUCUCAUCUGUGCAGGGUCUGCAGAGUAUCUCUGGACUGAGACUCACGGAUACAUUUCUGAAGAGGACGUAUGAAUACGACGACAUCGCACAGGUGUGCGUGGUCUGUCCGUACAUGACCAACGAAUGCUAGACAUUUUAUUGAACCUCUUAUUGCGUUUUAGAUAUGAGUGGACCAACUUUGGAAUUAUGCAUUACACUCUUUUUUUUUGCAAGUGGAUAACGCUGUAUUUUAAAAAUAAAUUGUGAAUAAUAUAAACCACUGUACAAUGUAAAUGUGCAUACAUGUGAAUAAAACCUAUGUCAUCUUUGAUUUCCUACUGC